UGUUUCCAGUCUAUUCGCUCUUCGAAGCCCCCACCCGGGCUGGCUCCUCCCAGAGUCGAGACCACCCGUUUUGAAACCAUUCGGUCCCGCGCCUCUAGACCAAACGCACAUACGUGCAUCGGCCCGUUUAGCUCCGCCCAUUAUUGAUAAAUUCCGUGUUUGCUCCCCGGGUUGUUUUUUCCCCCUUUUCCCCCCUUUACUUUUCCGCGAGGGCGAGGAGAGGGGCGGCGGCUCCGAGUGAAGGGUUGAAAGUGAACUGGGGCCGACGUCGAAAAGGGGAUGCAUUGAAACGGCGAGGCACACUUUUUGAACGCCCCUGAGGAUGGUCGAGAUGUCGGGCGAAGGUCAAGAAGGGACCAGGGUCACCCCCUCACCCCCUUCAUCGGAAAGAGCACUCAAAUUCAGCAUCGAAAACAUUCUCCGGCCCGAAUUCGGGACAAAAUCAACCCCCGUCGUGAGGGAGAAGAACGAAGAAACCGUCUGGCCGGCCUGGGUCUACUGCACCCGCUACUCGGAUCGACCAAGCUCAGGAAGAAGUCCCAGGACGAAAAGGAUAAAAAGGAAGGAGAAAAAUGCGGAUGACAAAAGGCCGCGUACAGCCUUCAGUGGAGAACAAUUAGCCAGACUGAAGACUGAAUUUAACGUCAAUAGGUACCUGACGGAGAGAAGACGGCAGGCCCUUGCUGCGGAGCUCGGGCUGAACGAAGCCCAGAUCAAAAUUUGGUUCCAGAACAAAAGGGCCAAGAUCAAGAAAGCGUCCGGAUCUAGAAAUCCUUUGGCUCUUCAGCUCAUGGCGCAAGGUCUCUACAACCACUCGACAGUUCCCGUCAAGGACGACUGAAAAAGAAGAAAAAGAAACAACAGACAAAACGGGCUACCGAGUUCCACACGAUGACACCGACGAUUGGACAAUUGUGUGAAACUUACAAGCUUGACAAGUCCAUACCUUUUCUUUUAAGUUAGUCUGUACAACCAAAUCGGCAAAUUGUUUUAAGUUGUGUAGAUGAACAAGAAAAAUGUACUGGUGGCCAGUGCAAAUUAUUAUUUAUAAUUUAUUCCUCCUAAACUUGAUGAUUAAUUGGAUAUAGAAAAGCUCAAAAACAUUUUUUUUAACUUAAAAAUUACCUCAGAUUAUUCAAAAAUUGAUACGUCCAAAUUUUCUGU